AUGAAUGACGACGAAAUAAGUUGCGCAGAGGAAAAAGUGAAAAACAAAAAGGACAACAAGGUCCUUUACAUGCAGCAGGUUUUAGAAAGCCAAUUCGAUAAACAAAUUAAAGAGGAACAAAAUAUCUAUGAAAGAAAUGCCGAUUUAAGAAAGUACAAUGAAUAUAUUUCCCAAAAGAAAAAAAGGGCCUUCACCCUGGGGGCCAUUGAUGGUAUAGGUGGUAUUAGUUUUGUAAAUGCCCCUAUGAUGAAUCCCGAAAAUGCAAAGAUUGACCCGCCCAUUUUGCAGCUGCCGUCAGCAACCAAUUUGAUAAAAAAUGUGCACGUAAAAGUCCAUUUUGAUAAGAACAUUGACAAAUCGUACAAAUACAGGACCCAAAAUAGCAACAGGGACAUUAUCAGAAAUAUGAAGCCCAUGUAUUCCCUACCCGAGAAGGUGAUGACCUACUAUAUGCACGAGGGGGGCCAUUGGCGUGCCGAACAGAAGGAGGAGUCCAUUAGGAAAGGUGUUAAGGAAGACGUUAACGAGGAUGACGUGGAGCAGAUUAAGGAAGACAAAGUGGACGACGUCAAGGGAGAGACUAAACCAAAUGACUCGCAGAUGAACACAUUUGAGGACGACCGUCCAAAUAGCAACACACACACUGAAACAGAUACCCCCUAUGAAGACACACAAAUGUCGUGCGACUCAAAUGACAUGUCUGAGAGUGCAUUUCGCGGUGAGGAGCACAAACUAAGGAGGUCUCAUGUGUCUUCACCACCCGCUGCGGACAAAGACGAGAUGUGGCCAAGGGAAACGCAAAGGAUGCCCGAAAAAGCACCCUUAAAGGAACCCUCGAAAACAAAACUCGUGAAAAAAAACGAAGAGCUCAAAAAGCUCGCCAGUACGGCAAACGUAUCUGCGGACAAUAAGAUACCCCCAGAUGACACACACGGCACGAAAGUAGAAAAAAAUUAUGAGAAUGAAGACCAGCUGAACUUUUUAAAACUAAAUCAAAUAAUGUCAUCGACCUUGACCAAUGCCCUUAAAAUGUUGGCGGACGAUGCUUUCCUUUAG